AUGUCGAUUAAAGCCAAACUAUUGUCCUUGUCACAGGUUUUACUUGCACUAGAAGCAUUAUCUUCUCCGGCAACCACCACAUCUGCACCUACCAUCGACUUAGGUUAUGCUCAAUACCAGGGAUCAGUGGACACAGUAACAAACAUCACUAGCUUUCUUGGAAUACGGUACGCGGCUGCUCCAGUUGGCAACUUCAGAUGGGCAGCCCCUCAGCCCCCAUCGACCAUCCUCGGGGUUCAACAAGCUACCACACAACCAAAUGAAUGUUAUCAAGCUUCCGUAGGUAAUUCUUCGACAAAUCCCUUUGAAAGCGCCUCUAUGAGGAAAAGGGCUAUCAGUCAGUCAGAAGACUGUUUAUUCUUGAAUGUAUACACUCCCGGAAAUGAAGUGGUGGCCACCCCGUCGGCAGGGCUCCCAGUUGUCGUAUGGAUUCACGGAGGAGGGUAUAUUGAAGGAGCUGCGAGCACAUUCAAUGGCGCAGAUCUAAUUAUGGAAUCGAAUCACGGUGUCAUUACGGUCUUAGUCCAGUAUCGCCUCGGUUUAUUCGGUUUCCUACCUGGAGAAGCGGUCAAAGAAGGGGGUGCACUCAAUGCUGGACUACUCGACCAAAAUUAUGCGUUACAGUGGGUCCAGGCCUACAUAUGUAGUUUUGGCGGUGACCCCACGAAGGUAACGAUUUGGGGAGAGUCUGCUGGUGCUGGUUCCGUGCUGCAGCAUCUUGUUGCUCAUGGGGGAAACACGCAGCCUCCCCUCUUCAGAGCUGCCAUGACGAGUUCCACGUUCUUGCCAUCACAAUAUAACUAUGAUGACCAAAUUCCAGAGAUGCUGUACAGCGAGGUCGUCGAUGGAACAAACUGUAGCUCAAGUUCGGAUACCCUCUCUUGUUUGCGCGCUGCAGACACCAGUACGCUGCAAACCUUGAACUACAACAUCAACAUCAACGGCUUCUCUGGCACGUUCGUAUUCGUCCCUGUUGUGGACGGCACUUUCAUUGUGGAGAGACCUACUGUGACAAUUAGCAAGGGUCGCUUGAAUGGUAACUACCUUCUUGCCGUAACCAAUUCGCAUGAGGGGAACAUCUUCGUGGACCAAUCAACGACAUUGGAUAUCGCAGAUUAUGUCAAAACGCUUUUCCCGAACUUCGGUUCUGCUCAGGCUGCAGGAGCAGUGAUGAUGUACCAGAACCAGGGAAGCAACGUCAAUCAGGCAAAUCUCGCGAUGGGUGAAUCAAUACUUGUUUGCCCUACUUAUUAUCUCCUCAAAGCAUUUGGAGAGCGAGCUUGGAAGGCCGAGUUUGCAAUUCCACCUGGCCUGCAUGGAAAUGAUAUUGCAUAUUACUUCACUUCGGGUGGUCCUGCGUACAACAAUUCCCAGUUCAUCACUGCUUUCUCGAACUCAUUCAUGGCUAUGACCAUGCAUGAGACUCCUGACGACCGAUACACCCCAGGAGACAUCACACCUUCCUGGGAUUCUUGGCGACAUGGUUUCACAGAGAUGAUGUUCAACGAGACAUCCGCGGGAGUACCUGACGUUUACACUUUCAAGACUGAUAUGGCCUUACUAGAGCGUUGCGCCUACUGGCAAAAUGUGUCGGCGUAUUCGGUGCAGUGAAUGGAGAUUACAAUUGCAUCCUGGUAUCUGUGUUAACCGAAAAGAAGUGCAAAUGUUGAGCUGAGAAGUAGUGCGACAUAUUUAUCAUCUAUCUCUUUGACCAGCAGCUGGUCACAAAGGUUCCUGGACGUAAGAUCACUUUGGGGCGAGUCUUUGCUCCAACAAAAGAUCGGUUUGUUUCAUUGGCCACAAAUAGUACUUCAUAUCAAGGAAUGCUAUGCUAUGGCUCUUUACUCCUACAAGCCCAUAGUUAGUGGUUUUGCUGCAUGCCUGCUGGUGUGAACCCCAGAUCCCCAGUCAAGAGCACAUCGAACAAAUUCAAUUUCGAAGUCUACCCUACCGCGUUUAUGGCCAUCAUGAAGAUGACUAGUUCUUUGCUCUGUGCAAUGUGCAAGUGAGACUGUUGACCGGGAAAUUUACUUGGUUUUCGUUGCGCACCACCACUAGCACACACUUGUCAUCGGACGGUUGCUGAGG